AAAUGUACUCCAAUCGAAAAAUGUUUGCCCCAAAUCAUUCAUCUGCAUGUUUUCGCCACUUUUUCGUAGAAGACAGAAAACAAUCAGCCUUCAUUCUAUAUUCCUAUACCACAGAUCUUCAUUUGAAUUGAUUCCGAAUUGGCUAAUUGAUUUGGCUGCCGUAAAAUUACCCAUCACUUGCUUCUGUUGUAUCAACAUAUAAUUAAUCGCAUUCAAAACCAGGGUUUUAUUUUUGAUACUAUUGUGUCAUCAGAUAUAAGGGUUCCAGAGUAUUGUAAGACUGUGUGACGUCAUACCUACUCGCCCAUAGAUUGCACAAUGCCAGUAGCGUACAAUGUACCAGCCAGUGGAAUCGGAGUGGCGUGUGCAAUGCGUUGCGAUACAGACCCUAGCUACUAUUCGGGUUUCGACCCCUACUGGGUUAAAUUGAAGCCCUCUCCGGCCCAAUUCCCACACAAUCAACCUCGACCAAUACGCACUAGCCAUCAAAUGCCUGCUAGGAGUAGCAGAGUGGCCAGUGCUGGCGGUGGUCGAGGGAGACAAGACCAAGUGCAGCAUAGGAGCAGAAGUGCUGUAGGAGGAGGAGGAGGACUCUCUAAUAGACGAUCUGUCUCUGUGGUUUACUCUUCACCCUCAUCUUUCAGUUUUCAAGCUCAAGAUAAGGCGCUGAGUGGGACGAACAGAUUGUGCAGAAUGCCAGAGUAUAACCCCUUUGGAGAUCCUCAUUUGGUAGACUACUUUGCGAGGAAGUUUGGAGUCUUAGGGGAGGAUGAACCGGACAUGCGCUUCACUCGCACCCGAAGGAGGCGGCGCUAUUCGGACGACGACAGAGAUAGAGUGGACAGGGCACACAGUGUUGGGGGAAAGGGGGCGAAGAGGGAGAGGAAGGAGAAGAAAAAGACAGAGUACAGAGUGACUCUGGUCACAGGACAUCAGCCACAUGCAGGCACAUCUGCCAACAUUUUUGUCAGGCUUAUUGGGGCGGAAGGAAAGAUGCCAAAGUACAGACAGUUAGUUCAAACUAGAGAGGGGUCGAGAAAGCAAAAGAAACGCCGAGAUGAGACGGCUGACAGACUGAUGUACAAGAGGAGCAGCAGGGGAGGAGACAGGGAGCGAGAGAGAGGAAGGGAUGAGAGAGUUUAUCUAGGUCCCUCCUCCAAACACACUUUCACAAUCAAACACAAGGAACUAGGAGAGCUGCAAACUUUGGCAAUCAAGCACGAUGGAGAGGACAAAGAUGAUGAUUGGUUCCUGAAGGAAGUAGUUGUGAGGUGUCAGACAUCAUCAGCCACUUCGCCUUCGAGGCAGCGUCAGCAGAAGAAGUGGAGAUUUCCCUGUGACAAAUGGCUAUCACUCUACCGACCUCCAGAUUUCCAGGCGUCUCGCAAGCUAACUGCAAUCCCUGUGGAAAGUCUACAUAAAACAGACUACGAAGUGGUGGUGAAAACGGCAGAUGUUAGUGAGGGAGGCACAUCUGCCAACGUGUUCCUCACUCUCUACAGUGAGCAGAGAAGCACCCCCCGUCUGCAACUGGUGAGAGCAGACAGAAAAAGUGAUCUUCUCAGGGGAUCAGAAUCAACCUUCCGACUACAGUCAGUUCUAGCAGUGGGCGAGAUUGUCAAAAUUAAAUUGGAGCACGACAACAGUGGAUGGAGUGGCAGUUGGUGCGUGGCGUCUGUUUCUAUUGUGGACCUAAGUGACCCAUUACGUCACUCUUACCUGGCAAAGAUCCCCUCAGCCGGAGACUUGAACUGGCUGUGUAAAAAGAGGGGAGACAAACAGACGUUCAAACUGUUCCCCUGUCACCACUCAUCGUCCAAUGGGCUCUCAGGAGCAGCACAAGUGUGUAAAUACAGAGUUGUUCUGAAUACGGGGAGCGGAAAGGGCAGUGGGACUAGUGCCAAUGUCUUCCUCACUCUGUUCGGUUCCCAGGGAGACACCGGGGAACACAAUCUGAGAAAGAUGAAGCCCAACGCAUUCUCCAAGGGCAGCGAGGACGAAUUCAUCAUUGAGAACGUGGGCUCCAUUGGCACCCUGGAACGAUUGCGUGUAGGCCAUGACAAUAGUGGUCUGGCCCCUGGCUGGUAUCUGCUCUCAGUGACUGUGGAGGAAAUGACAUCUGGACAGAAGAGUGAAAUGAGAGUAGACAGAUGGUUUGCCAAGGACGAGGAUGACAAGAUGAUUAUGAGAGAUAUCUACUGCGGAGAAGGUUUCCAACAAGAUACGACAGCAGGAGGGUCUCCAUUCGAAAUAUCAGUGUACACUGGUGAUAUCAUGUAUGCGGGAACGAACGCUGGAGUGUACGUUGUGAUGCACGGGCAGAAGGAAACUAAAAACGAUAGUGGAGAGACAAGGACCAUGGACAUCUCUAGUGGAAAGCUUUGGUUGAGUGGCGGCAGCUUCGAGCGUGGAAAGACAGAUCUGAUUCGAGUGGAAUCGCAGGUGGAGUUGAGUCCCCUGACUAGACUGACAGUGGGCCACGACAACAGUGGAGUGGGUGCCGGCUGGUUCCUGUCUAAGGUGCUUGUGUUCUGUCCCGAGACAGGACUGGAACAGCACUUUGUGUGUGAUCAGUGGCUGAGUGAUUCAAUGGGCGAUAAACUGGUGGAGCGGGAACUGACAGAGAGGGUGUCGUGGAGAAAAACCAGGCCUAAAAAGAUUGCGUGGAAUGUGCUCGUGAAAACAAGAGAUCAAGUGGGCGCCGGAACAAGCGCCAGGGUAUAUAUCCAGAUCUACGGCGAUAAGGGCAAAUCGGAAGAGUGUCACUUGACCAGUGAGAAAGUAGGAGCACUUGAGAAGACCCACACGUUCAACAUGGGUGCGGUAGAUAGAUUCAAGGCCACUCUUCUCGAUGUGGGCACCAUCAGCAAACUGCGAAUCUGGCACGACAACUCUGGAUUCUUCCCUGGCUGGCUACUUGAAAAGGUUGAGCUGGUGAGCGUGAUCAAGCCGAAAGACAAGUAUGUGUUCAAGUGCGACAAAUGGCUGAGUGUGGACGAGGACCACCACGAGAUUGUGAGGGAGUUACCUGCUACAGGUCCUCUAGCGCCCUCUGUCCCGCUGCCAGUGAUUUUGUACAAACUGACAAUUCGCACCGGAAGCAAGGGGGGCUCGGGAACGGACGCCAAUGUGUUCGUAACUCUGUUUGGAUCCAAAGGAGAUUCGGGUACCAGGAAAGUGCGCCAUUCCGAUCAACACAUCAACAAAUUCGAAUCAGGAUCAGCGGAGGAAUGUAUUGUGGAGUGUGUAGACCUUGGCCAGUUAAAUAAAGUGCGUAUUGAACACGACAAUAAAAAUCUAGGCGCUGGAUGGUUUUUGGACUCCGUCUCAGUCCAGCCUAUCUCUCCCUCCUACUCUCCCAGUUCUGGAUCAUCUACUACUAUUUUGUUCCCCUGUCACAGAUGGCUCGCCACUGAUGAAGACGAUGGACAAUGUGUGAGGGAGCUGUACCCCGAAGGAGUGUCGCCCCUCACUGAGGAAUGCCAGUACAUUGUGAGCGUGAAGACAGGGACAGUGUUAAUGGCGGGAACAGACGCCACUGUUUUCAUUCAUAUCUUCGGCGAAGAUGGUGACACCGGCAAACUGUUUCUCAGAAACAGUCGCUCCAACGUAAACAAGUUCGAACAGGGAAACACUGACAUCUUCUAUUUAACAAGUGCCAACAUUGGAAAGAUACAGAAGGUGCGUUUGGGCCAUGACGAAGCAGAAACGGGAAGUGGGUGGUUCGUGGACAAGCUGGACAUAGAUGUGCCCACAAGGGGCGAACAGUACACGUUCAGUAUCAACAGAUGGCUGGACAGGCAGGAAGAUGAUGGCCGCACAGAGCUGGAACUCGAACCUACUCAAGUGCAAAACACACAACCAAAAGUGCCUUUUGAUGUGGUCGUUAAGACUUCGAAAAUGGAUGGCGUAGAGUGUGGAACUGAGUGUAGUCCUUAUUUGGUCAUCUAUGGGUCCAAUGGACUGAAGUCGAGGCCACUCAGAAUGGAAAACAGGACUGGUAACUUUGAAGCUGGUGAAACGUCUCGAUUCAAGUUCUACUGUCGGGAGAUUGGAGAGGUGCGCAAGAUCAGAGUCUGGCUUGACGAAGACGCGGAGAGGAGGGAAGACGGAACUAACAGAGACAGAGGAAGUGUUGAUCUCUCAUGGCACAUAGAGAAAAUUACCGUAACCCGUCCCCCAUUGGGCGAAGAGGAAGGCGGAGAAAAUGCGAGAAAAAAAGAAGGCGCGGAUAGGGAAGGGCGGGGAGUGUUGAGCAGGCAGAGUUCGUCAGUGUCUGAUUCCCCUAUGCGAAGGAACGCGAGUGUUUCCGCUUUGAAUGGCUCUUCUACAGAGGACAAAGAAAGAGACAAACGGAAGACUGGUGCCAAUCAGAAGUACAGCAGUGUGUCAAAACGAAAGACGAGCACCCCGCUGCAUUAUUUGUUCCAAUGCAAACGAUGGCUGUCUCUUGACGAAGGAGACCAACAAACAGUUGCGGAAUUUGCACCUGUUAAGUCCAAUGGUGACUUGUUAGACCCGAAUUCCUUUUCGCUGCAGUACGAAGUGACUGUGAAUACCGGAGUUGUAGAGGGAGCAUCGGCCAAAGCGGCAGUCUCCGUAUGUCUCUAUGGGUCACUGGGCGACACUGGCAUGCGACGUGUCCGCAGACUCCCCAGGGACGAACUGGUUCAACUUGAGGCUGGAGGAGAAGGUGUCCACUUCUCCUUGCCUUCAUGUGUACACCUGGGCGAGUUGAGUCAUGCAGUGGUGCGUCUGGAGAGUUCGAAAGAGACUUGGUUUUUGGAUUCACUGCAUGUUGAAAUUCUGCACAACAAACACAGAAGCAAGUGGCUGUUACCCUGCCAGAGGUGGCUGGGACUGUCAUCAGACGAGGGUCAAGUGAGUCAUACCAUACCCUGUCUAUCGCCACAACUGGUCGAGGCAAAAGUACCCCCAAAUCAGCAGCAGAUAUCGCCCACUGCAAUUAGAGACAGUCUAGGUCUAGAGCUUCGCAGCCUAAUACAGACAUACACUGUGCAUGUUUAUACUGGAUCUAAGCAAGGAGGAGGAACAAAUGCCAAUGUUUACAUCCAUCUGAAUGGAGAAAAAGAGACGGGAUCAGUUGCCUGGUUGAACAGCCGCGUCUGUACCAGCAGCAAUUCAAAUCUAUUCGAGAGUGAUAAGUGUGACUCUUUCGAAAUACAAGCCACUGGAAUUGGGUACCUAGAAGCCAUCACGAUUGGUCACGACGACAGUGGUGUGGGCAGUGGCUGGUUCCUCGAGAUGGUCAAAGUGGAGUGUCUUACCCUGGGUCGCAUGUGGACAUUCCCCUGUGGCAGAUGGCUGGCCACCUCCGAAGACGACUCCCGCAUCGAGCGCAAGCUUCCGAGACAAGACGCCCAAUGCACACAAUUCCAGCCAUUUGUGCCUUAUGAAGUGGUGACUGAGACAAGUGACUUGAAAGGAGCAGGAACAGACUCUAAUAUUUUCCUCGCAGUGUACGGAGGAGAUCAGCAGCUGAUGGAAAUGACAGGGGGGCCAGAUCAGCACUCCCUGGAACCCAACAAACAACGUCGCAAACACAAGUUCAACAAAGGCCAAAAGGACACCUUCAUUGUGGAGAUGGAGGACGUGCAGGAGUCUCUCCGAAAAGUGAGGGUGGGUCACUCUAACAUGAGUAGAGGCAAUGGGUGGCACCUACACACUCUCUCAAUCCGAAAGAUGAUCAUAGUACCAACGCACUCAGUGGAGUAUAAGUUCAAGUGUGACCGCUGGUUAGAUUAUGGACAGGAUGACAAGGCCAUUGUGCGUGAGCUUGUCCCCUCGGAGGGCUACAGAGAGACAGUUGAUCUAAAGAGAGGACAAGUAGAACGAGAAGACAUGCAUCUAGAUCCCUCUGAAUCUUCGGUCAAGUACGAGGUGUUUGUUUACACGGGCAAAGAGAGUGGGGCGGGCACCGAUGCCAAUGUGUUUAUUACUCUGUUUGGGCAGCUGGGAGACUCAGGGGAGAGGAAGUUGGCCCAAUCCAGUACGCACAUGGACAAGUUCGAGAAGGGAAAUAUGGACCAGUUCGCGUUGGAGGCAGUAGACUUAGGCAGACUGUACAAGCUAGAUGUGAGACACGAUAACAGUGGACUCGCCAAUGCCUCAUGGUACCUGGACAGAAUAGAGGUCAAACAGGUGGGCGGCGGUAGAGGUCAGACUGUUGCCGCCGGGUCAGAUGUCGCAGUGUUUCAUGCAGAGCGGUGGUUAAGCAAGGACAAGUCCAAAAAUACGGCUCAAAAAACUCACUGCACCCUGUAUGCGAAGGGCUACGAAGGAGACCGGGACAGUGUGACCACUAUGGGUACGAUUGGAAUGAGCACGAGAGGGUCCAUGAUGAACAUGAGCAUGAGUUCUCUUCAGAGUAGUCCCGGCAAGAGAAACAAGAUACAAAUGGAGAUGCCAGUCUUCGAAGGGCCCACGGUGCCCUACACAAUCAAAGUUGAGACAGACAGUGAGAAGGACUGUGGGACGACUGCCAACGCCUACAUAGUGAUCACUGGGGUUGGCAAGGGAGAGAAGAACAAGGAUACGGGGAAGUUGCCGCUCAUUCUCAAGGACAAAGAGGGGUUCGAGCCAGGAUGCACAGAUACAUUCUCAAUCGAGGCACCACCUGUGAAUGAGAUCAAACAGAUCACGCUGGGCCAUGAUGGAGUGCAGUCGGGACAGGGGUGGUUUGUGAAGAGUGUGGAAGUGGACAUGCCCCAGAGGGGGGUGAAUGUGCUGUUCCCCUGUGACAGGUGGCUGGCAAAGGAUAAGGAUGACGGACUCACCGAGAGGACGCUGAAUGUGCUCGAUGCCGCACGCGCCCACUACAAGCCAAAGCGGUCGUUUGAGUUGAGUGUGCAGACGGGUGACUUGGAGAACGCUGGCACUGACUGCAGAGUAUGCCUUGUCCUAUUCGGGCUCAAUGGGACCUCGGCUCCUAUUUACUUGAAAAAGGACGAGGACACCCUGGAGAGAGCGAGCAUGGACAUACAUCAAGUGGAAAUUGAGGAUAUUGUGCCUUUACGGAAGAUGCGAGUGAGCGUGGAACCCAAGGGUGCCAGGACUAGCUGGUAUCUGCAGCAGAUGAGUGUGCGUGACAAGCAGAGUGGAAAGCUGUACGUGUUCAAGUGUGACGACUGGUUCGACCCCAAGAAGAAGCUCCUCAAGAGAGAUUUGUCGGCCACCGUCGACGGAGUCACGCUCCUUUCCCUUACUUCGUACGUUGUGCGUGUUAAGACCAGUGACGUUUUAAUGGCUGGCACUGAUGCUAACGUGUUUGUGGUGUUGUUCGGGGAGAAUGGGGACAGUGACCAGGUGCAGUUGCGUGAGAGCAAGACUUACAAGUUUGACAAGUUCGAGAGAGACCACAUGGAUGAGUUCCACUUGCCGCCCAUUCUCUCUCUUGGAAACUUGUCGAAACUCCGAAUCUCACAUGACAAUUCAGGGCUGAAUCCCUCUUGGCACCUGGACAGCGUGGAAGUAGAGGAGACUGGAGGUAGUGGAAAGAAGUGGAGAUUCCCGUGCAACCAGUGGCUGUCCAACUCCAAGGGUGACAAGACCACAUCCAGGGACCUCCUCUGUGACACAAUUGGAAGAGAACAUCUCACCAGUCCCAAAACUGAUUACGAGGUUGUCGUGCGAACUACGGACAAGAGGAAUGCCUCGACCCGAUGCCACGCCUUCCUCAAACUGAUUGGAGACAGAGGAGAGUCCGAGAAGCCCCUAUUCAUGAUCAACUCGCACGCCCAACGGAUAUUUAGAGGUGGAGAUGCAGAUCAGUUUUCGUUCUCAACCGAUAAUGUGGGCAAGCUGCAGUCUAUUGUGUUGGGACACAUUGAGAAGGCCGAGGGUCAUCAGACACAGUCACCCUCGAAUGCGCAACCGGCAGAUGGGGAGAAUGGGAGGAAGUGGCACUGCUAUGACGUCACAAUUACCAAUAAGGCUACAAGAGACAAGUGGACUUUCGUGGUCAACGACUGGAUAUCUCUGGGCAGGACAGCCAGCACGGCUAAUGCAGUUACAGUGCCAGUGACGAAAUUCGAGCAGGGAAAGAUGUCCACUCUGAAGACACUCUCCAAUGUGAAGUACAAGGUGGACGUGUUCACUGGUAACGAGAAGGGAGCAGGCACUGAUGCCAAUGUCUUUAUAACCAUAUAUGGCCAACAUGGGGACUCUGGAAAGCAUAAGCUGAGCAAAAGUGACACUCAUAUGGACAAGUUCGAAAAGGGAAAGUUGGAUACAUUCCACAUACAGGUGCUGGACCUCGGCAGUCUCGAGAGACUAGUGAUAGAGCAUGACAACUCUGGUUUUGGAGCCGGUUGGAUGCUGGAUAGAGUUGAGAUUACAAAUGAGAGCACUAAGGAGACUACCGUGUUCCCCUGUGGCAAAUGGCUGGAUAAGGACAAGGGCGACGGACAGAUCAGCAGGGAACUGGUACCUCGCGACAACAAGGCUGCUCCAAUCUAAACUCACGAGUGCAUCUCACGACAAAAGCCACAUUUCAACAUAUACUUCUAUGUUUUCUUCUAUAGUUUCUGUAGCAUAAAACUCUGCGAUUAUUUUGGUAGACUGAUGUAUAAAAUAGCGUGUAAAAUUGUAAAUAAGUUGUUUCAUAGUGUACAAAUAUAUUUUGCGCAAUUUAAUUCUCAAUGGAUAUUUUAUAAAUGGAGAACGUGAGAAUUGCACAAUCCAAUAGCGAA